AUGUCCGAGUGGGAAGAAUACAGAGCAUUGAACCAUGUCGAAAUCUCUCAAUUACGCAAAACAUAUCCAGAAAUCAAACAGGAGGAAUCUAACCGUUCAUUCGUCUACAUCAAAAUAUUCACGGGGAAAGUGGUCAUCGAGCUCGAUGAGAACAUCGUAAUACCCAGGUCCGAAUUCGGUAAAGGCAUGGGUCGAAAACGAUUGAGGCGGUUCCUUGCCAGGCUAAAGGCUGACCCCAAGGCCAAAAAGACGAGACGGCGAACGAGAACUCUCGAAGGGUCACACCUACGAAAUGCAAUGACACAAAUUAGCGUACAUCAGUGCUGUGACAAAUGUAAGAUACAGGAACGGAACAGACUUGAUCACUCUUUAAUCUUGCUACGCAGAUCACAAUGCAGACCACAUUACAACACGGCGUGCUGGACGUACUCCAAGUAG